GUGAUGUAUGUUAUUCCUGACUAAAAUAAAAUUAUGAACAUAUGUGAUUAAAUUAUGAACAUAUUUUAAGGUAGUUUGAAUUUAAGAGAGAAAAUUAUUUUUCUCUCUAGCGGUCAUCUCCCUACGAGUUCGAGUUUCGUUCUUCUGUCUUCAUUAUUCACGAAGAUCGGCCGUUGGUCGAUUUCGAUCGUGCAAGCAGGCGUGGGACCAGGGAUGCAGCGCUCUGGCAAUCAGGGCUUGACUUCUGUUGUUAUUUCUGUUCGAAGGUCGAGUGUUGACAAAGAAAAAGUGGAUAAGUUGUGUCGGAGCUUGUGUUAGAUUCAACAGUAAGGAAUAUCAAUGGAGGAUAUCGUCAAUCAAUACAAAAGCAUGGCUAUUGAGGCGGAUGAGCGGCGGGCACGUCCCCCUCCCGAGCCGCCGCCAUGGAGUGCGAGCGAGUCUAGGGUUUGGAAGAAGAUGAAGAACUAUGUUUUAAUUCUGUUUUAUUCUGUUUGUGUUUUUCAUUUGAAUUGCAUGUUGUUUUGGACAUGUUCUUAUUUCCUAGCAGAGAUUCUAGAAUUUAAGUCAAGUGAUGAUAAGUCCGGUUUGCCUGUCGUUGGCUCAGUUAAGCCCAUUACAGGAUUAGCGAAUAUUAUUGCUUCUACAAAGGUGAUAGACAAUAGGCUUUUUAUCAUUUUGUUUCCUGCUUUUUCU